AUGGCUGCUGAUGGCACCCAAGGACCGGUGGUGGUCGGCAUCUGUGUGGCCUUUGCCGUUGUAACAUUUUGUGUCUUGGUUCUUCGUCUCUUUGCCCGUGUAUAUGUCUUGGGUAAAAUGGGUCUCGAUGACUACCUCAUUAUCGGAGCUUGUUCAUUGGCCUGGGCAUUUAUCGCCGUCACAAUUGUUGCCGUUCAAAAUGGACUUGGAACACACUAUGUCGAUACGGACAAGACAAAGCUCAUUGACUACGCUUUUGCUGUUUGGCUUAGUUCCAUGUUCUACCUUGCGUGUCUUGGUUUUGUCAAGACAUCUGUCCUAUGGUUCUAUACUCGUCUCGGAGAUCGUUACCUGACCCGCCUCUCCUGGGUCAUGAUGGGAGUCAUCGGAGCACAAGCCACUUCAUUUGUGCUCGUGGCUGCAUUCCAAUGCCAGCCUAUUAGCAAGGCUUGGGCAAGCACUGAGCCGGGGACGUGUGUCGAUAUCAACGUGUUCUAUCUUUGCAAUGCGGCGCUGAACAUCUUAACUGAUGUUUUGACUUAUACCUUGCCCAUCAAAGUUAUCUUGAGACUACAGAUGCCCAAGAAGCAAAAGAUUGUACUCGGCAUCAUCCUCUGUCUUGGUCUCUUCGCAUGUGUUUCUUCCAUCAUUCGAAUAACCUAUAUCCCCGCUAUGCUCACAUCCGCUGACUUCACCUAUGCCAUCAGCGGUGCCAUGUACUGGUCCGUCAUUGAGACCAACAUCGGUAUUCUCGCCGCCUCAAUCCCCUCAUUCAAGGCAAUCGCCUCCCGUUUCCUGCCUCGGUUUAUUGGAGAAUACAGUAGCGGAAAGAAGUACGGUCCCUGGUCGGGCAACACCUCCGCGAGACGGUAUGGCUCCGGCUUCACCAAAGUCAUUGGUCCCAGAAACAUCACCUUGGGCACCGACAAUGGCAAGGAAGAUACAGAAAUGGGUACUCAGAUUAGACCUGCUAGCAACUCCAGUGAGGAGAGGAUUAUUCCUGAUGGCAAGAUUUUCACUCAGACGGAGAUCGAGACUACCGUGGAAACAUCCCAUGAUUUUGGGAGCUUCGGUUCUUCAUCGCUCGAGCGGGCUCAUCGGUGA